AAACGUGCAAGCAUAAUUUGUAUACAUUAGAAUGUAACAUGUUGCAAGAAAUUCAAAAUAUGCAAAAUUAUGUGUAUAUAUAUUUAUCUAUAUAGUAUAUGAUAUCGAUGAAUGUGAUCUUGCAAGAUCUGUAUGAUUUUUUGGAGAAAUGCUGAUGGCAGUAUCAUUUUUCACAUUGUCACGAUUAUUUCUCUGAAUAUUCUUGAACAUCAGAAUGUAAAUGACUGAUUAAGAGGGAAAAAGAAAGAUCGUAAAGGAGUUGAGGGAAGAGAAAUGGAAAGAAAUAUAGACAGAGGAAAUAUGGUGCAAGUAUUUUACUACAGUGACCUGGCAGAUUCCGAUAUUGAAUAUUUUACAAUGACAAAAGUUAAAAAAAAAAUGUAUGAACGACUUUUUCCGAGAAUGUCCUACAAAUCUUUUUCAUUUAUGUCGGACCUUUUUAUAUCUGAGAUUUUAAAAGAUCAUAGAAGACUCAAAAGUAGGUGAUGAAUACGAGAGAGUCAUACCCUUACUAUGUCUGUCUGGCAGUGAACGAAUAAACAUCUCUUUCUUUUUUUAAAGUGAUUCUUUAUGUUUUGUAAUUUUAAGUAUUUAAUCAUGGGAUGAUAAUUUAUAAUUGCAUUUAUGUUGUGUACACGUGUGAUGGAGAACUCUGUGGUGCAACAUUCAGUUCAUAAUUAUAUGAUUCUCUGUGCAACUAUUUUGUAUGUUUAUAGAAAGUGCCGGUAUUACUUCCUGGAAACUUUCUUUGUUCCUUUUUGUUUCUUUUUCAAAUGAGUCGAAUUUCAGCAGUUGUAAAAUCUAAUAAUGUACUAGAUUUUUCUUUUUCGCAAACAGAAAGAGAUACACAUAUGAAACGAAUAAUACAAUUUUGUGGUAUGACAAGAAAAUAUGUAUGUAAAUAUUUAUGUGAUGUAUAAAUAUACAUAUAUAUGUAUAUAUAUAAAAAUUAAUCAUUAUUAUAUAUAUAUAUGUAUAUAAAUUCAUAUACAAACAUUUCUUAAAGAAAGGAUUCGAUCUUGCAAUAAUAUUUAUAAUUGGAUCAAAUUCAGUCAGCCACUGGAGACUGUCUCCGUUGUUACGAAACGACGCAGAGUUUCUAUUUCUAUGAUAAUCGAGCAUCUUUGAGUGCGCGAAGAUAUAAAAGUGGAAUUGUGGAAACAGCUCUUUGACGUUCGUUUAGUGACUAAACUGAUACUACCCACUAUCGCUGUGGGAGAAUUCAACUCGUCAUAGGUUGCACUGCAGCAAAAAGGAAAAGCGUGAACUUUUACAUCAAUAUUUAAAUAAAGAUUGAGAGACUGAUUGAUGUAUUUAGCAGAUAACUUUUAUUUACAUACAACUAAUACAGAUAGACAAGAAUAUUGUACCAUUUCGUGCGUAUGUUAAUGAAAUUCUAAUAAUAAGGAAUGAUGACUGCCGCAACAAAUAUAUCUCGUUAUAGCAAUGAUUAUUAUAUUGUAUGGUAUAUAAUUUGUACAUACACGCAUACACACAAAAUUUAGGUAUAUAUAUAUUAUAUUAUAUAUUAUAUUAUAUAUAUAUAUAUAUAUACUUAUAUAUGUUAUUGUAAACUCUUAACGCACCAAUUCCAAUGAUUGUACAAUGAUCGUGGAAGUAUUACGAUUGGUCGAUAUCCCACGGCUCCAUGAAAGUCGUCAGUAACCGGUGGGAUGGUCGUUCCAUUACUUCAAACCGAACAUGCCACUGUCAAGCUAUAUUCAACUUUGUAAUAAAUCAAUUUAACAUUUAAGGGUCUAUCUGUCAUAGAAAUUGAAAAAAAGUACUAAUGAGAAUAUGACGAAUGACUAUUUCUACUUAAUCAAUCGUAUGGAAACGUAACUGUUUCAUUCCGAUUCGAUUUUAUAGAUUAUACACGCAUUAAAUAUAUCGUCGAAAACUGUUUUUAUAAGAGAAAAAGGAGAUAGAUAAAUUAACACCAAUCGUGCAUCAAUGGAUUUAUACUAUAAUAAAGAAAUAAAAGCAAAAUAAAUAUAUGUACAUCUGUAUGUAUACAUAUACACAUAUGUAUGCAUACAAACGUAUGAAAAAGUCUGUGAGAUACCAAAUUUUGAUAGAUAAAUAAACGAUAACAUAAAUAUAUAUGUAUAGUAUAUACAUAGACACAUUUAGGAGAUACGCAAUAUAUCUCUUUUUUUACUAAGGUGUAUCUCCCAAUUUACAAUUCGAUUUAGACAGAUUUACAGAGACGAAGUCUGCAUUAUAUCGUUGCUGUUCUGCUGUGAUGAUUAGUCGGUACGACUUUAAUGUCUGUGAAGGUACAGUUGAUGGACGAUUGUAACGAGAAUUCGCUACUGCGGGGUUCUCAAUUUGAUUCUUACCCGAAAGCAUAUGGAAGUCUCUAGAGAUUUAUUUAAAAUAUGUAAAAUUAGGAAAUUAUAUAAAAUAUUGAUUUGAAGCAUUUUGCAUUUGAAAAUUGGGUUACUUGGUGACCAUCGAGACUAAAUCGAGUAUAAAAUAGUUUAACCCUCUAUGUUUUUCUAUUAGAAUGAUAAGCGUAUAAAAAUUAAAUGAAACUCGGGUUUGAAAAGGGUCGAAAAUUACCUUUUCGUGAAUGUCUAAAAAAAGGAGGGAGAGGGAAACGUAAAUAAAAGUGCAAUUAAAAAUAUUGUGGUGAUCAGUACUAUGUAUUUCUUUAAAAGAUUGAUGUAAUCAUACAUUUAGAGGGUUAUAUGAAAAUUCAAAUAAUUUUAAGCGAUUGUAUUAUAGUACUCGUAUUUAAACUUGAACCGAUGAAAGUGCAAAAUGCUUACUCAAAAUAUUAUGUAUAUAUAUUAGAUAUAUGUAAUAUAUAUACAAUCCCAUAUUGAGAAUUUUUUUGUAGAAAUCCCUUGUAUCCUAAACUUAAUUAAUCGUAAUAAAAGAAAACGUCAGAAAGAGAAUUGAAAAUUAAUAACCAACGAAGGUAACGGCGUUAAUAAUAACACGCGGUACCACGCAAUUUGAGAAACCCUGCUUUACCGAAUUACAUUUUAAGGCUACUGUAUUUCCCGAAGUUGUUGUGUAUAUUGGCUACACAAGUCAAAUAGCAAUAUAAGGAGGACAUCUUCGUAGUUCGUACGCAGUAGAAAUACAAAUAAAUCGAACUAACAAUAUUCUCUCCAUAAUUUGACAGAACUCGGGAGACUUAGCACGACGCGCUCGAGAAUAGUAGCGGCUAUUUUGUUUCCGUCCUCGUUGAUUAGAAACUCAUUAUUCCCUUGCGACCAAAGACAAGGAAGAACAGCGCCGAGCGAGCGAGCAAGGGAAUACAACAUGAGCAUACCGCAUGGACAUUUUCACUCGCAAAAGCUUACUUGCUUGCUUGCUUUCGUUCUGUCUCCCUCGCUCAUUACUAUUUCUCUUUUCCUGAAAGCCUGCUGAAUGAUGGGUAGCGCCACAACACGGUGGAGAUACAAAUGAGACACAAAUAAGGGGGUCGUCGCCACGCGAAAUUAUGAAAGGAACACUGUAAUUUACCUCUUUUAUAGUGUCAUACUUUAGUGAUCCCAUUAGCAUCUUAUUUCUGUCCCUAAUGUACUCUCUACGAUACCCACAGUGGGCAGGCUCAGAGAAAAAGGCAGAACGAUAAGCGAAAAAGAUGAGAGGAUUUCGAGCAAUAAGUUCUACACGCGAUCAUCCAUACGGAUCUGUGGCUUUAUUGUCCGGUAUCCAUGCUUCCCACCCCCCUCUCGUACGCAUGCGCUUUGCUUGCCUACAGAGGAUGAAUAACGUAUUUUAUCGUUUGAAUCUAAAGAGGACGAACCACAACACGAUUAAAACGACGAAAAUCGCCUUUAAAUACACGCAAUAACUAAGAUUAAUGACAUUCAUGAUGUCACAACGCUACAAUGGCCAAACUUUUGUUUGAUAUUUGUUUUCCGUGGCCGGUACUGUAAAUAUCGUUACAUAUUGCUGCAAUAACGUCUUUCUUUUUUCGUACAUAUUAUUACGCACAUUGCUCUGAUGAUUCGUAUUGGUCGGUUCGUUAACCGGCUAAUUAGGAAUGGUUAAAAUUACUUGAGCAACGAGCAUGCGGCAUACAUUAUUAUAUUACUCUAGAAAAUAUUUCUAAAUAGUAAGGAUUUGUAAUUUGUAUCUUUACAUGGCUAUAGGUAUAUAAGAUUAUAUAUAGGUACGACUGUAUAUAAAAGUUUUUUUAUAUCGCAUUAUACAUAUGAUAUACAUGUAUAAAAUGGGCCAUAAAUUGUAAUAUAAAUAAAUUGAUGGAGACUCUAUGGUUCGGAAUAAAACAAAAUGUUAAAAAUAACAUUGCAAUCUGAAACUAACGGUAACACUAACAAUCAAACGAGUACCAAUCCGCCGACUGAUGCCAGCCACAAAAGGUUUCAUUGUAAUCUGUUACAUGACUACCUUAUAGAUUCCCUAUUGCCAAAUUCCUCAGAUGUGUUGAUUUUUAUCAAAUUAGGUAAAACGACGUGACACAGCGCAGAUAACAAGUGUCCAUAAUAUACGUAUCAUGGAUGUACAAAUAUAGACAACUAUAUACAAAUUCAGUGGAAAUGUUUAUAUUCCUGGGAAAUAAAGCUUCGUAGGAGAGACUUCUUAUUUUGUGUUAUUUUGAACCACAGAAUCUUUCUCGCUUCGUUUCCACUACGGUUCGUGGUUCACUCAGUAUAUGUAUUGUAUUUUAAAUGCUUGUGUAUAUUGCAUACCAAACGAACAUUUUUAACUACUGCGUCGUGAUCAAACUGCGAAAAAGUAUUAUGUACUUAUUCCAAUUGUUAAACAUUGAUUAAAAUAUUAUAUACACGAAAUUGCUUAUGUCAUUCGUAGCUAUUUGUACCGAAGUGUUUGCACGUCUGUAAACACUAUUUUAAAUAAAGCUUUUCAAAAUUAUAAGCCUAUUUUAACGCUAUCUUCGAAUAUAAUAUAUUUAUAAUUUAAAUAAUUACAAAUAAAAUGAACAGGAAUUAAAUAUAUUAAAUUUUUCUAAUUUUGGAGAAUAUUACCUAUAUUUUUGUCAAGUACAUAUCGAUAAGUGAAUGACACGUUGUUAUCAUGUUUAAUAUUAUUCUUAUGCAUUGUCGCGUAAAUGUCACGUACCGGCGGCGUGAAAAUAGUCAUCAUAUUUUUGGUUUUAUUCAAGUGAAGACGUACGAAUUCAUCCGAAGCGCCAUUUAAGUAUUAAAGUCGAUUGUUCUUCGUACAGCUCUUUUUUAUUAUACAGUGUCACUUGUAGGUAAAUUUUAACGAUGAUUAAAUUCGUUCGACCACGAUUGGUUACGUUCGAUGUCACUGGCACUUUGCUCAUGACGAAACUGGAAGAACAUUACGUCGAAAUUGGAAGUCAGCACGGCCUGUCGGUCGAUCCGCGCAAAUUGGCGGGAAGCUUCAAAAACAGCUUCCACCGGCUGAGCAUAGAGCAUCCAGUAUACGGUAAACACACUGGCAUUGGAUGGGAAAAUUGGUGGCGGCAAAUAGUUCACAAUGUUUUCAAGGAUCAAGAUAAUUAUAUUUCGGAUGCUACUUUGGACAAGGUUGCUACCAGUCUGAUAAAGUGCUAUGGCACAAGCAUGUGCUGGCACAAGUAUCCAGGCACGAUCGAAUUACUCGAGUAUCUGCAGAAAAAGGGCCUGAUUUUAGGAGUGAUAUCAAAUUUCGAUGAGAGAUUGGAAACGAUACUUCUGGACACCAGGAUCCGUUUUUAUUUUUCGUUCGUUUUAACCUCCUAUGGUUUCGGCGUGGAGAAACCAAAUACCUCGAUCUUCGACGAGGCGCUUAGGUUAACAAAAGAACGGCACAAUAUCGAUGUGAUUCCCCAGGAAGCGAUACAUAUUGGCGAUUCCAUAAGCAACGACUAUAUCGGUGCGAGAAAUGCUAAUUGGAAAGGCAUUCUUGUUAAGCACGAUAAUGAUGUUGCGAAUGAGAAAAGAGUUCCUAAAGAGGAUAUCUUUAGGAAUCUUCAAGAACUACGGGAACAUUUUACGAUACUUUUUAACCAGGAAAGUAAAUCCAUCUAAAUUAAUGGA